UUUUUUUUCUUUUCUUUUUCUACUUUUUUUUUCUGCUUUUUUGACUUUACUCAGCUUUUUUUUUUUUUUUUCAAUUGAUGCGUGCGGGCCUCGUUGCUGGGUCUGUCUCGCGGCGUGCGAUGCCACUGCCGCCCCCCGCGCUGCGCCAUCCGACGGCGCUGAUCGUCUUCUCCCUGCUGCUGCUCGCCCUCGCUGCCGCAGUGCCGUCCGUCGACGCUGCGUAUCGUGGUGCUUCAUUUUUACCAACCGCGGCGGAUGAAAUCGUGAGAGCUGGAGGAACUGGAUUGGCGAACAACCUCGCCAUCGCAACAUGUCCGGCUGGCAAAAGCAUCAUUUGGGGCUUCAAAUGGUCGUGGUCGACUGAUCAAGACGAUUUACCAUCAUGCUUCGCAGACAAUAACGGGCCGUGCAAUAUUGGCGCCACCAGUUGCUCGAGUUCGGAAUGCUCACAGAGUACUACCAAACAGUACAUCAUCAUUGUUUGUCGCGCGGGCGCUGCCAUCACCGGGUUGACGCAGCGGACAGCUUAUGGUGCUGGGGCGCAACCCGCCGCCUGUCCUACCGGCACCGUCAUUGCGUAUGGGUUUUCAUUCUACAUGAGCGACGGACUGCGUGACACCAACUGUCUCUACAACAACAAGGUCUGCGAUCUGGGCCAGCAAUCUUGUUCAACUUCUAGCUGCUCAACAAGGCAUUGUGGCGGAAGUGGGGGCGAUGAGUAUUCGUUCAUCUACCUCCUCUGCAUGCCAUCCGCAGCAGUAACCUUGAGCUCAGGAGAUUUCGUGUCGAAGACAGGAACAUCAGGCGCUGAUAGCGUUGCUUGCCCGGACACUUCCAAUUACAAAAUCAAGUUUGGCGUGGCAAUGCAUGAAUCGGGUUUUUAUUACGACCAAAAUCCGUCCAACUGCCUCAUGUUAAACAAUCAGGCUGCUACGUAUAACAGCGACAUUCUUAAUCAUGUCGCUUGCGACACCUACGACGACAGUUGCAACAACGACCAGUUCUUCCUGCACGCCAUCUGCGUGGACGUCAGCGCACCUUCCACGCCCUCCAUCACUUCACCGACCCAAAAUCAGGUUUUUCGGACGAACUCGGUCUCAUGGACUUUCACUACGGCGACCGACGCUCAGUCCGACAUUGACCACUACGAGUGCCAGUUUUCGUCGAGUGGCGCAUGGACGACUUGCAUUUCCAAUCAAGUCUCGACCUUGGAUGUGGGAACCUAUUCUUUCCAAGUUCGCGCUGUCAACGGAGCGGGCCUGACAUCAUCGAGCUCCUCGCGCGCAUUCUCGGUUGCAUGCUCCUUGGACCUGACGGCACCUGUGGCGAUUCCUGUCCUGCGAACACCUAUGGAGACACGCACCAAAAUCGUGCGUGUGUUUCAACUUGCACUAAUUUUGCGCCAGCGAAUGCAUCGCCGAGCGCAAGAGUUUGCGUUGACCAAUGCCCAAGCCCGUAUUAUGGCGAUUCGAUCAACCACCUUUGUGUUGAAAGUUGUCCUGCUCCCAACUAUUUUGGUGAUGCUUCUCGCAGCUGUGUCACACCCUGCCCCGAUGGAACGCGGGUACUAUGCCGAGCCAACAAGCAAGGUUUGUGUCCAGACUUGUCCUGGUGGGACCUACGGUGACGGUCUGCGGACUCCGCCAUCGUGCUCUGCGAGCUGCACUAGUGGCACCUUUAAAGAUGAUGCAUCCCACAGUUGUGUGACAAACUGCCCCGCCAACUCUUGCGCCUCGACCUGCUCUGUCGAGUUUGCGUACAAUGCCACCUGGUCUUGCGUCUCCCCUUGCCCUGUAGGCUAUGCCGACAAUUCAACUCAGUCAUGCGUGACUCGUUGCCCAAGCGGCACUUUCGCUUCGAAGGCAUCGCGUCAGUGCGUGGCUGCUUGCCCGAAGGGCGAGGUUCCAAAUUCUGCCACCAACACUUGUACUGCAGCCGCUUCCAGCGACUCGUCGCCCGCUGUUGGAAUAGCCGUUGGAGUUGCUUGCGGUGUGCUUGUUAUUAUUAUUCUAGUGCUGGUUUUGCUGCGUCGCAAACGUCGGCAAUCCAAACAGCCCGAGCCAGGCAACGUAACCAACCCAUUGUACGAAGCCAGUGCUCCAGAGUGCCCUGCCGCAGACUACAUGAUGCACUCGAACAGCUCGUUUGCGCCAUUGACAGCAAACGACCAACCAGCCGGCAAGUCUGCGUCAUCCAUGCGCGGUGUUCGCCCUGCCCAACUCGCUUCCCACGCAUACGGGCCUGUCAGCGCAGAUGGUAGCGUGCGCGGCGCCGCCGACACCACCGGCAGCAGCCCCGCGGCCCCUCCUGCCCCGCUUCCCAAGCCUGCCGUUUCCACGGCGCCAAAGCCUGCCGUUUCCAAGGCACCCAAGCCUGUUGCGCCUCCCAAACCCGUGGUUGCUGCCCCAGAACCGACGCCUGCUGCGAAACGCGUGCCAAAGCCAGUGCAGUCCCCUCACGUUCCGCUCUCCGCGCACACGAUCGAACACGGCGUUGCUCCUCGCGCCCUCGGAAUUGACGUGAACGAAACGUCCGAGUAUGCAACCAUCAAGGGAAGCUCUGCCGCCAGUCCCCCGGCAGAGGAGGUGUACUCUAUGGUCAAACGGGAGGAGGCUGCCGAAACGGUCUACGUUGCUCUGGAUGUUUAA